UAAUCGAUCAUUAAUCACGUCGAUUGGAGUAAUAGUUCAUUUCUAACUCCGUUUGAGUAAUACAAAGUCGUAUCAAUAUGAAACUCCUCGUCGUUUUCCUGUCUACCCUGGUGCUGGUGCUUGGGCAGGGUGGAGAAGAUAAAGUGUAUGCUGUCGAACUUGGUGAUCUUGAGGAAGUUGGAGAUGUCGAUCCUCAAAAAGUCUACGCUGAAGAGUCUCCAGUUAUUCGCGUUUUCGAUCCUGCAGAAGUAAAAGAUGACAGUCCUGCUCAAGAAAGCGUUUAUGCAGUGGACGAUCAGCCUGUUGACCGUGAGUUCGUUCGUCCAUCGACGUUGAUCAUACCGACCGUUAUUAAAGCCUGCACCAACGAGGCUUGUGCCUACAUCUGCAAUCUACUUGGAUUCCAGAAGGGCGUCUGCAUUUCCACCACCACUUGCGAAUGUUCUAACUAAAAAGUUUUUUUACAAUUCUCUGUUAAACUCCAUUCGAAAUGUUACCUUAUAUUAAUUGUUAUUAGGCAUCUUUUUGUUAUGAAAUUAUGAAUUUAAAGCUCAAUGUACUUGAUUUUGUAAUAUAAAAAGUUGGGAUCUUA